CAACCAACUUGUUGCUCAUUCAGAGAAACGCCUCCUAUUCCUCCUCCUCCUUCUGCUCUUCUAAGCUCAAUCCCUGCAGCUCUGUCGCUCUCACUCCUGACGGGUAACUGGAGCGUGAACAUGGCUGCUAACCGGGUGAUCAUUUACGGUGGGAGAGGCGCUCUGGGCUCAAAGUGUGUCGAGUAUUUCAAAUCUAAAGGAUGGUGGGUCGCCAGCAUCGACAUGGUUGCAAAUGAAAAGGCUAAUGAAAACGUGAUCGUGAAGAUGACGGAGUCUUUCACCGAGCAAGCAGGACAGGUGACGGCAGAUGUGGCCCAGUUGCUAGGGGAACAGAAAGUGGAUGCCAUCUUGUGCGUGGCGGGAGGAUGGGCGGGAGGAAACUGUAGUUCCAAAGACUUGUACAAAAAUAGUGAUUUGAUGUGGAAACAGAGCGUGUGGACCUCAACCAUCUCCAGCCACCUUGCUGCCUUGCACCUAAAAACAGGUGGACUGCUGACUCUGGCUGGAGCUAAAGCAGCCCAGUCAGGCACUGGAGGCAUGAUAGGAUAUGGCAUGGCCAAAGCAGCCGUCCACCAGCUGUGUCAGAGUCUCGCAGCAAAAAACAGUGGGAUGCCUGCCGACACUGCUGCUGUCGCUAUACUACCCGUUACCUUGGAUACGCCGAUGAACAGGAAGUUCAUGCCUAAAGCAGAUUUCAGUACCUGGACACCGCUGGAGUAUAUUGCAGAAAUGUUCUUCAGCUGGGCCACCGGGGUGAACCGACCAUCUUCAGGAAGCCUCAUGGAGCUGGUGACCUCCGGAGGCCAAACCCAGGCUGUUGCUGCUCACUAGAGGACAGAGCAGCUGUGGAGGUGGGGGGUGGGGGUUAGUAGGGAGGAAGCGAUAAAGAUGGAUGGAAACGGAUACAGAGGCUUGAGGAGAGAAGGGUGAGAGAUAGAUGGAAGGAGUGAUGAGGUGUAGAGGUGAAGAACAGAGCUGGAGACAGAGAGGAGCUAAAUAAAAUGGGUAGGUGGAGCAGAGAUGACCAGAUGGGUUUGUUUUGGAGGAGGGGGGCUUUCUUUGCAAAUACAGCCUCACAGCGCCAUCUAGCUGUCAAUCAUUGUAACUAUCUGACUGUAACAGCCAAUCAAACUUUGUUCAAUUUCUAGUAACUGAAAUAUUCUUCACGGAUGGACCAUCAAGGCUUACCUAGCAUAUUUGAUUUAAUUUCACUGAACAGUGAUGUGAAAUUAUGGUAACUGAACAUUCAGAGUAAACGGUGUUCUAAAUAUUUUAGGCUUAUUUCAUCAGAUGCAAACAAGAGGUAAUAAAAUAUACUAAUGUAGCUUUAAACUCAAACUAAAGUGAUGUCCUUCCAUUUCAUUGUCAUAACAUUUCUAAUACGGGUAAUUGCUGAAAAUUAAUGAGCAGUGGCUUAUCUACCCUGUGGUUGUUGUUUUUUUUUGUUUGUUUGUUUUUUUUUGUUUUUUUUAGUUGUUUUUUUUUUUUACCACAUUUUAAAGUUCAUUCUUCUGAAAAGCACAUUGGAAACUUCAUAAUCACCUACAUUAGCCAUAGCAGUUCCCUCUAAAAUGUAACACGUGACAGUGACCAGUGAAAUGUGUGAGCUCCGUAGACCUUUUUAGUUUCCACUGUUUAGGUCCUCUACCACUGCGGAAACUCAGUCAAAGAAAGCCGCUGUCUUCUCUCAAACGGACAAUAAUGCUUUAAAGUGGAGUGGCCUUAUUUGUUUUUUUGUAUGUAGCUAUCAAGUCAAAGUGUCCUUGCCGUCUGCAGUAUGAAAAAGGUGCUCUGUUCCUGUUGUGGGUUUUCUGAGUCAUGUGUUGUAACUGUCAAUAUUCACAUUAAAUCAAUCCAAAAAAAAAUUGUCAUCCUGUUUGAAAACAACAGUUGAAGUUUAAGAUGCUUUGGUGUUUGUAAAAUUAUAUUUGUUUUUUAAAAAAAUCUAGUGAGACAUAUCAAUAAUAAAACUCAUGUUGCAAUAAU